GCGGGAGCCUGUGCAUCUGAAUUCUAAUGAGGCCCACCUGGAUAUAUAUGAGCUUAAGCCCGUGGUUUCGUUCGCGCUUUUUCCGAGGUAUCUCUCCGCCGCGCAGAUUCCAAAAUAACGUUCUCAAUGGGAAAGCUGUUGUUUUCUCUGCCCUUGCUUUUGGCGCUCCUUGCGUACGGAGCAGCUGAGGCUCCAAGAUUAGUUUGUUACUUCAGCAACUGGGCGAUCUAUCGUCCGGAUGUAGGCAGCUAUGGCAUCGACGAUAUUCCCGCUGAUAUGUGUACGCACGUCAUCUACUCCUUCAUCGGCGUGAGCAAUGUCACCUGGGGUGUGCUCGUCCUCGAUGAGGAGCUCGACGUCCAGAAGGGUGGUUUUAGCAAAUUUGUCGCACUGAAGGAAAAGCAUCCACAUUUAAAAACUCAGGUCGCGAUUGGUGGCUGGGGCGAGGGUGGUAAAAAGUACAGCCAAAUGGUCGGCUUGAAAGCCAGACGUGACUCGUUGAUCAGCAGCAUCGUUGAUUUCAUGAACAAGUACAAGUUCGACGGCUUCGAUCUUGAUUGGGAAUAUCCGGCUGCUACCGAUAGAGGUGGCACCUUCAGCGACAAGAACAACUUCUUCUACUUUGUCGAAGAACUGAGGACCGCGUUUGACAAGGCUGGUAAAGGCUGGGAAAUCACGAUGGCAGUGCCAAUGGCCACGUUCCGUCUCAACGAGGGAUACCACGUGCCUGAAUUAUGCGAACUCGUCGAUGCCAUCCACGUGAUGUCUUAUGAUCUUCGUGGCAACUGGGGUGGAUUCGCCGAUGUCCACAGCCCGCUCUACAGAAGGCCUCACGAUCAGUACGCUUAUGAGAAACUGAAUGUGCACGACGGUCUUCAACUCUGGGAGGACAAGGGAUGUCCCGCCAACAAGCUUGUUGUAGGAAUUCCGUUGUACGGGCGUACCUUCACCCUCAGCCAGGGCAACAACAACUUCAAACCGGGCACUUACAUCAACAAGGAAGCCGGUGGCGGUGAACCCGGUAAAUACACUGGGGCUAAAGGAUUCUUAUCUUAUUACGAGAUCUGUACAGAACUUCAAAAGCCAAAUCAAAAUGGAUGGAUCAAGGAUUACGAUGACGUGGGAAAGGUACCUUAUAUGUAUAAGAAGGAAGGGAAAAGCCCUCAAUGGGUUGGUUAUGAGGAUGCUGACAGUAUCGUCCACAAGAUGAAUUUCCUCAAGGAAAAGAAAUAUCUCGGUGCCAUGGUCUGGGCGGUCGACAUGGACGAUUUCAAUGGACUCUGUGGUCCUACGAAUCCUCUCAUGGCUGCAAUCUACAAUGGUCUGAAGGGUUAUACAGUAACACCUAAAGAUUAUAAGACAACUCCCAGGCCUGAUUGGGACAGGCCACCUAGCACAACGCCUUCGACGGGUGAAACACCCAAACCGAAACCCACCAAGGAACCCGGAGUAACUACCGAGGAACCUGGAGUAACUACCGAGGAACCUGGAGUAACUACCAAGGAACCUCGUCCUACGGAGCCUACGUCAAAGCCCCCUGUCGAUGAAAACGAAGUCGAGUGCAACAGUGACGGUAUGGUCCCCAGCAAGGACUGCUCAACGUACUUUAUCUGCAAUCAUGGUAAACCAAUCAAGACACAGUGUCCAGCCGGUUUAAUCUUCCAAGUCACCAAGCUCAUCUGCGACUGGCCAGCUAACGCGGAUCGCGAGGAGUGCAGAAAAAUCUAAUUCGUAAAGUGAUUCAGUUUAGAGUUUCAUCGAUUCAUACAUACAUCUCUCAAAUCUACAAGAAAGUUUAUUGCGAUAAUUUCAACAGAGAACGUUCGUUACGUGUUAUCGUUUGUUGUUGUGCGCGAGAACGUGUGCGAUGCGAAUAUCGCUGUGAGCUACAAUAAAUCAUACGCAGUUUAUCAAAAGUCUAAGAGUUAAAUAUAAUUUUCUAUACUUCAUAAGCCUUCCUUUUUACACUGUUUAACAUAUUUAACUGGCUUAAUAUGUUGAUAAGCUUAAAUUUAAUAAAAGAGAAAAACUCUUA